CCUUUCGGUAUGACCGGAAGUGUUCUGAACCAGGCAGUGAGGCUCAGUCACCGUGAGACAUGUUGUCCGUGCUGACAAACAACACAUCGUGCUUGUUUCGUAAGAAGCAUGCAUUUCUUCAGUUCGGAAGGGCGAUAUCCUAUCGGUUCCAAGACAUUUCACUAAAUUGUCGGAAGUCACCUUCUCAAGGCAAUAUGGAGUCCAGAGGUAUUGCAAACAGGACCAAAUUAUUGCAAAAUCACACUUGGAGGAUUCUCAAAGUGCCAGCAAGAAACUUUCUAAAGUAUGAACCAGAGCAAAGGCCUUUUCUUAAAUCAAACCCUGAAAAAGAUGGUUUAUCGAAGAGCAAAUAUGAACUAAUUUAUUUGAAUGAUUCUUACUUGGUGUAUAAACGGGCUGGAGAUUUGUUGCUGUUGGUUUCAUUAAUGUUAAUACCUGGAUUGUGCUACAGUUUUUAUACAGACACUGAGAGGAAGGAUGUGGACUUUCGCAAACCAAUGGAAUUACCUUUAAAGUAUCAAAGCGUGUUUGGUGGAGUAGUGUUUAUAUCUUUUGUGUUGGGGUGUUUUACAACAAUUCGUAGAAGUCCAUAUCGUAUAUACAAACUACGGAGUAGCCGUGGUCUUAAUUCAGAGUACGUUGCUAUCUUGCCAGACAGGAUAAUUUCUACUAAGCAGCUACCCUUCAGUUUACUGGAAUAUAAGGAACUACCGAAACCUCAUGGAUUAAUGCGCAGCAUGUUGCUUGGGAAUACUUACAUCAAAAACAAGGGUUGUGUGGUAAUUGAAAGUUCUUUUGUAUCUCCACACUUUCAUAAUGAAUUGAAUGGUUACAUUGGCUGAUUUAAAUAUCCUUGCUGAAUAUAUGAAAAAUGUGGGUGCCAUGAAUCACAAAAAAUGUUUUGAUAGACAUUUACAUGGCUCCAUACAUUCAUAAUAAAUCUAUUUUUAAUACCAUAUUAAUAAAUUGUAUUGUGUGUU